GCAGGGCAGAGGAUGAAGGCAGAGAGCGCGGUGAGUCACGGGCGGAGCUGGCCUCGCUCGCUCGCUCGCCGGCUCCCGCCCGCCCUCCGCCCUCCGCCCUCCCGCCGCCUCUCUCCGCCCCUCCUCCGCCGCCCGCCGCCGGGUCUGCUCGCUGCUCUCGCUAGCCCUCGGCUCCUGCCGCUCGCCGCUGGAGAGCCUGCUGGCGCGCGGGGGUCAAGAGCGCCCUUCGGGAGCGCGCCAGCCUGCCGUGGCCGGAGCCCGAGCGCACACUCGAGGUCCCACCUGAGGUGCCCUUGACUAUCCCUGUCCCCCAUCCCACCCCGGAUCCCGGCAAUGCUAACCGCCGUCUGCGGCUCUCUGGGCAGCCAGCACACAGACGCGCCUGCCGCCUCCCCGCCGCGCCUCGACCUGCAGCCUCUCCAAACAUACCAGGGCCACACGAGCCCGGAGGCCGGGGACUACCCCUCCCCGCUGCAGCCUGGAGAGCUGCAGAGCCUCCCGCUGGGCCCCGAGGUGGACUUCUCACAGGGCUAUGAGCUGCCAGGGGCCUCCUCUCGGGUAACCUGCGAGGACCUGGAAAACGACAGCCCCUUGGUCCCGGGACCCUUUUCCAAGCUCCUGCAGCCGGACAUGUCACACCAUUACGAAUCCUGGUUCCGGCCGACACACCCAGGCACCGAGGAUGGCUCGUGGUGGGACCUUCAUCCGGGUACCAGCUGGAUGGACCUCCCCCACGCUCAGAGCGCGCUGACCUCACCGGGCCACCCCGGGGCGCUACAGGCUGGCUUGGGGGGCUAUGUUGGAGACCACCAGCUCUGCGCCCCACCGCCCCACCCACAUCCGCACCACCUCCUCCCAGCCGCCGGAGGGCAGCACCUCCUGGGGCCUCCCGACGGGGCGAAGGCGUUGGAAGCGGCAGCCCCAGAGUCCCAGGGCCUGGAUACCAGUCUGGACGGGGCGGCCCGGCCCAAAAGCUCCCGGCGGUCGGUGCCCCGCAGCUCAGGCCAGACCGUUUGCCGCUGUCCCAACUGCUUGGAGGCGGAGCGACUGGGGGCUCCAUGCGGGCCCGAUGGGGGCAAGAAGAAGCAUUUGCACAAUUGCCACAUCCCAGGCUGUGGGAAAGCUUACGCCAAGACGUCACACCUGAAGGCGCAUCUGCGCUGGCAUAGCGGCGACCGUCCCUUCGUGUGCAACUGGCUCUUCUGCGGCAAGCGCUUCACGCGUUCUGACGAGCUGCAGCGCCAUCUCCAGACCCACACCGGCACCAAGAAGUUCCCCUGCGCCGUCUGCAGCCGGGUCUUCAUGCGCAGCGACCACCUGGCCAAACACAUGAAAACCCACGAGGGCACCAAAGAGGAGGCAGCCGGGGCAGCGGCGGGUGAGGGCAAGGCUGGCGGGGUGGAGCCCCCCGGGGGCAAAGGCAAGCGGGAGGCUGAGGGCAGCGCGGCUCCCUCCAACUGAGCUCCUCCGUCCUGCCUCCCCGCUGGUCUUCCCUGGGGCCAUCAGAAGAGAGCCCUCGGGCCCGAUGCCCUGGGGGGGGGGGUGCAGCUUGAGUAAGAGGAGAAAGUGGUUAUUUAUUGAGAGGGAGGAAAAGUGGUGUGGGGGUCAGGGAACCGGGGCGCUAGGGGUUUCGUAGUCUCUGGAGCUGGACGGGACAGACGCGUUUGACUGUUUUGACUGGGCAGGGAGGAGCUGCGCAUGCCGGUCAGUUCUCCCCUUCCUCUCUCUACUUCACUCACGCCCCUGGGCUGGGGGUUGGGGAGGGAUACCCCUGUGGCGGCUGGAGGGCGGAGGGCACAGGUUGGAGGAGACGGCGUGUCCCAGGAGCAGAGGGGAGUCGGGCCGCCCCGGGCGCUGGGGGUAGCUGUCUGGACACGUCCUUAGCGCCUGGGAACCGGGACAUAAAAGGGCCUCCAGAGCCGCGCUGCGCCCCGGGUCCCUUUCAUCCCCCUUAGAUUGCUUUUACCCCAGGGUUUCCGGAGGAAGAGCUGAGAUGGGGUAUCAGAGGCUGGGGGUCCCCUUAAGGGAGGAGAUUCUAUCUGGCUGGGAGGGUUGUCGCCACAGAAGUAACGCCUUUGAUGUGCCUCCUUAUUAAGCCUUCCAGACCCAGUCUGAUGGAGCCAUGAAGGAAGAGGGGAAGAGGGCCAGAAUCCUGCGACAGCUUCCAGCAAGACCGGUGGGGUGGAGGAGAGAGCUAGAUGUGGGGGUUGAGCAAGGAAAUCUCUUAAAAAAUGGGAGAAAGCAAUUUGGUCAGGGAGUGGAACUAAGCCUUUCCCUCUCUAACUCUGAUUCAGUCCUUAACUUUUGAUCUUUAUAAAAAUAAAGUUCAGUAGCCCACUCUGA